AUGUCAUCUCUGACCUCCCUCUCUAUGACAUCCCUCUCUCUGCCAGAGCCUCCUUCCAGUCUGAGGCUGGAACUGUACCCAAAGCCAGAUCUAGUCAUCUGGAUGAAAGAGAUAUUCAGAAAGAGGAGAAAUCCUAAUGACCCAUCUACCCUCCUUAAGCAUCUAGCUGAUGUGAUGAUCUGUGAUCAUGAGGAUGAGGACCUCUCCAAUGACUUCUUUGAAGAGUGGCCAUCCUCUGACUCUUCCACACUCCUUAUGAGCCUGGUAUUGGAGACCAUGUCUGGGACUUCAUUUAUGAGGUUGCAAGACUUGCAGAAAGCAGCUCCAGAUAUGUCACUCCCUAAGAAAGCCCAAGCCUCCCAGCCUCCAGUCCAGUCCCCUCAACCUCCAGUGAUCUCUAUGAUCCAAGGAUCCUUGACAAGCUGGCAAGUGAGAAAGAGAGAGAGCUUGAUCAGCAGCAGUGAAAGGACAAUGAGAGAUACUAUACCAUACAGCACAGACAGUGACUCAGAGAAGAACAAGCAGCAGAGUGGGGCCCAGCUCCACUGGAGUAUUAUAGACUCUAUAAAGGCAGAGAGGGAGACUUUUACUAUGAAGAAAAAGAAGAUCUAUUUCCAGAAGUCUCCACUGAUAAAGCCCAAAGAGUCAGAGUCAUGGACCCACCACCUAACUCAGAUGACAGCCCUGAAGAGCCUCAAGAGUGACCAGAGUGGAGAUCCAACAACAAAGACAACCUCUGGUCUGCUGAUUGGUGGGCCAAUGCCAAGGUAUACACUGCAGAUGAAGCCAGAAACCUCAAUGAUGAUUAUGAGCCACCAUCUCCAACCUAUGAAGAAAGCACCAGGAGUGGAAGCUCUCUCCCCUCAGAUGCCAGCUCUGUACUCAGCAGUGAGGGAGUGGAGAGAGAAAGAGAGUGGUGAAGAGGUAAUGAAGCCAGAAGAGCUGGGCCUUCCUGAUCUAACCAACAGCCUACUACUUGAAUGA